CAGAGUAGGAGGCUCAGGUCCGACUGUCAGCUGAGAACUUACACUGUUGCAACCUUCAAAGACAGUUGCACACUGAGAUUGGAGGACUCUGGGAAGACGUUACCCUGAUAAUCUACAUCCUUUGGGAGGUCCACGAUCUAAACCAGAAUGGAAGCUCAACGUGUAAAAAAACACACCUGUGGGACAAUUUGUCUUAAGUAUCUACUUUUUCUCUUCAAUAUUCUUUUCUGGCUGGCAGGUGGGGCUGUGUUGGCUGUGGGUGUGUGGACUAUGGUGGAAAAGAGCGACUACAUCAGUUUAUUGAACUCCGGCUUCUACGCAACCUCGGCUUACAUCCUGAUAGCUGCUGGAGUCAUCGUGAUAGUGACUGGGAUAAUCGGCUGCUGUGCCACACUGAACGAGAUGAAGAGUCUUUUGAUUGUGUAUCUGAUCUUGUUGUUCUGUAUUUUCCUGCUGGAAAUCAUUGCUGGUGUGCUGGCAUAUAUUAACUACCAAGAGUGUUUCCCUUUCUGCUACCAGCUGGAUGAGGAGCUCAAACAGAACCUGAAAGUGACCAUGCAGCAGAAAUACCAGCAGCCAGGAGAGGAGAGCAUCACACAGGCUGUGGAUAAACUACAUCAGGAGUUUAAAUGUUGUGGCAGUCACAACUUCUCAGACUGGAGUGACAGCGUGUGGAUCCAGGCAGCAGAAAAUGAGCGUCUCGUUCCCGAUAGCUGCUGUAAAACUCCCAGUGAACUCUGUGGCCGCAGAGACCAUCCCUCCAACAUCUACAAAAUGGAGGGAGGCUGCAUCAUGAAGUUAGAGGAAUUCAUCUUGAGUCACUUAUAUAUUCUUGGUGCAGUUGGCAUUGGGAUUGCAUUUCUACAGCUUCUGGGGAUGAUGUUCACAUGCUGCCUUUACCAGAAUUUGAAAGAAGAGCUGUACUAAUUUUGUACUCUUUUUCUUCAUCCACCUUCUUCCUAUUAUACAAUUCAGAAUUGGGGUGGGUGUUGAGCCUGUCCCCGCUGUCACAGGGUGAAAGGCAGGGUACUCCCUGGACAGGUCACCAAUCUGUCCUAGGGGCUACUACAUAGAGACAGACAACCAUUCACACGUAUGGUCAGUUUAGAAUAAAGCUAACCCCACUCCUGCCUUUGAACUGUGGGAGGAAGCCAGAAACUUGCAGAAAACCCACACAGACACAGGCAGAGCAUGUGAACUCCACACAGAAAGGCCCCAGACUGUAUUCGAAUCCAGGACCUUCUUGCUGUAUGCUAACCACCACACUGCCAUGACACCCUUGUAGAGGUCAUUGUAUUUUUUUUUUUUUUUAUUUAAACAUCACAAAAUGUGGCACAACUUGUAUAUGUUUGCUUAAUUGUUAUGCCCACUACGAUGCUGCAAAGUUAUUUCAAACACUGCCAUGCUGCUGGCCAGCACUGCUCAUUUGUUCCUGCAAAACUGCUUUGCAUGUGUUUAUGCAUCCUCCAGUUUAGGUCACGCAAAUUAUCGGUCAUUCUUUUAAAUAUGAACCACUCAUUUGACAGAGCAGAGAAAUAUGAGCAUGUUGUGGCUGCUUCUGCAAGUGUUGGUCCUGUUGAGUUAUUUUUUUUAAUGUAUAGUCUUUACAAACAUAUAUUUUAAAAAUUAAUAUAAAUAACUAUUUUUCUUUGUUGAGAUGCAAAUAAAAGAUGCUUGCUUAUUA